AUGGUUGGACAGGAUAGCGAUAUCGCCCCGAUCGACUCGCAGGACUCAGCAGCCCCAGCCGCAUCCGGGUCCCAGCCUCGCUGUCAGUGGGCUACUUGUACGGCGCGCUUCAAUUCCUCGGACGAGCUCCUGCCGCACAUCAGCAAGCUGCAUCUGAGCGCCAACCACCUCUCAACCCUCUGGACCAAGAAAGAGAUUGAGCAGAUUCAAGAGACAGAAGCGAAUAUGAGCGAGGCUGGACCAUCUGCUCAGACCAUCGAUCCGCUGGUGGACAGCCUAGAGACGGAGGAGCAAGGCCUGGUGCCCUAUGGCCCGAUCGAAAACCCCAGCCGCUCCUUCUAUCACGUCUGCCGCUGGGCGCUGUGCACCCUGCGGUCGUUCUUUUCGAUCGACGAACUGGUGCGCCAUCUGUGCAACGACCAUCUGCCUUCCGGAACCUCCAACUCGAAACCCCACGGCUGUUUGUGGGAUGCCUGCAGCGAGCGUUUCAAUACCUUUGACGAACUGACCGACCAUUUGUCGGAGCAUCACAUCGGAAACGGCAGCAGCGUCUAUGUCUGCAAGUGGAAGGAUUGCGAGCGCCAUGGAAAGCCAUUUGCUCAACGCCAAAAGAUCAUGCGACACAUUCAGACCCAUACGGGCGACAAGCCAUACCAAUGCACUCAGUGCAACCAGCGAUUUUCGGAGCUGGCCAUCAUGACGCAGCACAUACGAACACACACUGGCGAGCGCCCGUACAAGUGUCCGGAGAACAGCUGCGGCAAGCAGUUUGCUAUUCCAGGUGCACUGACGAUUCAUAUUCGCAAGCACACGGGCGAGCGGCCGUUCAAGUGCAAGGUCAACGGGUGCGAGAAGCGCUUUGCAGAAAGCAGCAAUCUCACCAAACAUGUUCGAGUGCACACAGGCGAGAAGCCGUUCCAGUGUCCGCUCCGCAACUGUGGAAAGCAGUUUGCCCGACCCGACCAAGUUACGCGGCAUCAAAAGACCCAUGCCGACAAGAAGAAACAGGCGCCGAUAUGA